CCUCUCUCCUGUACAGCGUGUUAAAAUUUGCUGCAAAAUGCAAAGCUGCUCACCUCACAAUUUUUCUUCCAACCGAAGCUACAGAAAUCAAACAAGAAAGAUCCACAAUGACUGACACUGACAAUUCCAGCAACUGGCAGAAGUGGGCGGCAUCUAAGGGUGGGCUCCUGGAAGAACCCCAAGAUCUAUUGGUUUCUGGCCCCAUCGAUGAGGAGACCAUGAAGCACAUGCAGCUGCCUCGACUGGAGGACGGUGAAGAUGGUGGAGAUAUCCGUUCCCAACUUAAGGCUUUAUUCUCUGCCAACCAAUCCCACGAGGAGCACAACAAGUCAGAGGACUCAGUUGUACCGCCACCGCCUCUCCUCCUUCGACGAGGAAGAACAGCGUCUCCACCAGCACUUGAUAGAUCAGAUUCAAUGGCGCCAUUUCUGCUAAAAAGGUCACGAGCAGCUCUUGAAGGACUUGACCGUCUCUAAACGUUUACCGAAAAUGAUGGGAUUGUCUUUCAUAUGGACAGUAAUGAUGAUUAGUAGACUGCAUUGAUUUAUAUUUUC